GUGUUAACAUAUUCUCACAAUGGAUGUGGAGUGUACUGAGAAGUGUGUUGUUGAACGUGACUUUACCACAACGGGCAGAGGACUGGCGACGGAGAGGGAUGUGAUUGCAGGUGAAGUGUUGCUGAGUGUGCCUGUCAGCAAGUGCUGGACUGUGGCGGCAGCAAAGGCUUCAGAGGAAUUGAAGCAUCUCUCCGAUGCACAGCUGAGCAACCAGAGUCUAGUCUCCUUGCAUUUGUUGGUCGAGCGAAACAAAGGUGGGGAUUCCUCCAGAGCCGCGCACAUCAGCUGCCUACCCAAAGAUUUUGAUUUGCCAAUCUUCUGGGACAAGGAUGAGCUGGCUACCUUGGAGGGUUCACCAUGGCAUGAUAUCAGCAUAUCGGUUCGAGCAGAUACCUGCAAGCAAUUUGAGGAGCUAAGUGCCAUUCCACAAGUGGAAAAGAUUCUCAAAGCGUACACUAUUGAUUUGGAUGCGUAUCUCUGGGCUCGUUCUGUUCUUUGGUCACGAAUGGCCGAAAUGACCAAACCCGAUGGUGAACGCAUAGAGAUACUGGCUCCAUGGUUUGACCUGUUCAAUCACUCACCCGAUGUUCCUUCUGGCGAUUGCUUCAAGAUCGAAGGCGAAAAUGUGGUGGUCAGGGCUACCAAGGACUACAAAGAAGGAGAACAAGCUUUUAUCUCCUACGGCGAUCUGCCGAAUGGCAUUCUACUGCUGACGCAUGGAUUUACAUUGGAGGACAAUGAAUACAACAGUUUGCCUUUCUACUUGAAUAUAUCGAAUUUGAGUGAGAACAAAUCAGCUGCGCUGAUGUUGUGUGCGCCGGACAUCACCGAUAAGAGGGAGGAUCCCCGUUUGGCUCAAUUCGAAUACAUUACCGUCCCCGAUGAGACUGGAGGUGAUUUCUGUGCAAAGCACCUCUUAUCGGCCCAGAUACCCCUUCCUGAUGCCCUACUGAAUAUGGUUAAGAUUGAAAGACUCACGCCUGCGCAAUUGGCUUCUAUCUUGGAGCAAGAUGGUCAACGUGGAUUGUUAGCCAAGUUAGAGGCAGAUCAAUCUCUUGCGGAUGGUAAUGACAUCCUUGCCUACAUUACGUUGCACAAGACGUACACGGAUAUGAUCAGUGCGCUCGACAUGCCGCAAACGGAGGACAAGAACACAUCAGACACCACACAAAGGAGACGAGCGCACACACUGGCGGUGAAACAGUCUGAGAGAAAGAUUCUGCAGAACGGGGUUCAACUAUGUGAAGAGAGGCUGAUGAAGCACUGGAACAGGCAAGUAUCAAAUAUGGAUCAGAUCAAUCGAUGUGGUUGCGAUGGCUGUAUGGCGAAGGGCUCACCUUAUGUUCACACUCUCCUAGCCAAUCAACCGCAGAUGGAUGCAAAUCAGGAAGCAACUGUGAAUGUCUUACAGACGCUAAUGUCGGCGAGUGUCAGUGAUGCUCUGCAUGUGCAGACGGCUCAUCUGAUAUUCAUGUUUGUACACGAGCUGUGGUCACACCCACUCGCACGGUCGGUAGUGCUAUUGGAAGACGCCUGCCCCUCCAAGGUUUCUGCUGGAUGUGAUAGAGGUCUCAGGCCCACGGAUUUGAUACUCACGGAAUGUCCUGAGGCGGACAUAUACAUAGAGAAGAUGCGCCUGUGGUCAUCGUAUCUGUUGGCUCAGCUGAUAACCACUGCAACCGUGUCGCUCUCCGACAUGAACACCAUGAGGAUGGAGAUGUACAAUCUGCGCUCUCAAGGGCUCAUCAUACCUACCGGUAGCGCCCUUGAUACCGUAGUCAACCUCGUCAGAGACGACGAUGAAUGCGACGGCGUGGUCGCUGUAGGGGCCGCUAAAUGUCAUGUGUGGUCCACCCAGCUUGCCCUGAAGGACAUCCCAAUAGUCACAGUGGAAACCCUCAACGAAUUGGCAACCUACCCGAAGCACGCGUUGCUGCUUGUCAAUCCUGAUGAUGCAGGCAAGGGCAUGGCAGGCUGGUCGUGUGUGAACAAAGAUCCCAAACGACGGCUUCUCCUCACUGUAGGCGAAUGGGCUGACUCCACUCUGGGUGCCUAUGCCACCGGAAUGCCAGUACACGGACAAUCCUUCAGCAAUAUGAGCCAGCAGGCGGUAGAAAAGAACUACGACAUGGUGCACAGCGCAAGACUCGCAGUAUGGCCCGUGUACAUGGAUAGAUUAAGUGUGUGGAGGCACAAAUAAAGUACGGUUGUAUGCUGUGUAUGAGUGUGGAGGCACUCGGAAACUACCACCUUAUAGUAUAUGGCUC